AUGCUUGUUUGCGGCAUGUAUGAGACGGAUAUUGAUGUGCUUGACAAGCGCCGAGUCAAGGCUUGGGAAACGGCGUGCGGAAAGUUCAAGAAAAGCAUUGACAAUUAUCCAUUCAAACUCUCUCAUAUGCAAAAUAUGAAUGACCGCCUUGUUAGUUGGCGUACCCACGCGGCAAAUUAUGUGCGGGACAAGGCGGCGGCCAAGUACUUUCCAAAGACCAAUCCAAUGACAUCUAAUGAGCUCAAGGCUCACAUUGAGUGGCUCAAAGCCAGAGGGUUACAUGCCAAGCCCGACUCGGCUCCUGGGGAAGGGUAUUUUCAGCACCCACUAAUUCAGACCUGCAUGGAAGAAAUGGUUUUCCAAUUCAAGAAGGAUAUUGGUGUUCAGUUCCCCGAUCUCUUUUGGCAGCCAAGUGCGGAAUUAAUCUGCUUUUUUUGUGCAAUUCUUCAGUUUGUGGUGGAAGAGCGGGAAAUAGGCAAGACUGGCAAGGCGGAUCUAAAGUUCAAAACACAACAAAAGGCGUACAACACGCACCUUACUAGCCAUGGGGUCUGGCUUGAACGUGCGAGGCCACGUUGGGCGCUUAUUCAAAAACAGUUGUUUCUGUGCGGACUUAAGUUCAGCGACAAUCCAGAUCCAGCUGAGCUGGCGGCUUGGGAGGAGGAGAUGGCGGAGCUAACAUCAAAAAAACACAAGGACCCGGAAGGAUGGGGCGGCCUUGACUAUGAUGAGGCCUCCGGACAGGACCAACUUGAGAAUGCCAACAAACUUGAACAACCGCUGGUUCACACUAACAAGGUUAUGCGGUCUGCGUUUGACAAUAGCAUCCAGGAACAGGCGCAUUAUCGAGAAGACUUUGGUUUGCAAGGCAGUACUUCUUGCACCUACCGUGAAGAUCACCCAUAUCGGCCGGAUACCAACAACAGAGGUUACCGUCCCGACCAAAAUGAGAAUCUUUGCGGCCCAGUCCCUCUUGACAAUUGUGAAUGCAUCCCAGCUCUGGAUGGAUAUUGGCAGCGCCACAAUAAUAGUGACAACCGGCCCCGCUACAGCAACAGGCGUCAAGACUACAACCGUUUUCAACCACGCUACAACAACCGUGAAUUAAGCUUGGAGAAUCAUGAGAGGAGCAAUUACAGUACAGGCCAUCAACCUAACAACGUAUAUACCCGCACUAGACAAGAUAGAGAUGAGUACGCCCACUUCAACCAGAUUGAGGACUGUCCACCCAACCUCUAUUGGGACUUUGGCAUCAAACCAACCAGCGGCAGCAACUAUGGCGAUGAUCAUGACGAGAAUGGGGAUGCUCAUGGCACCCCAAAGCGUAUGAUUGAAACCUCUUUUGGUGAGGACUAUCCUGCUGAAUUCAAUGGGGAGUACUAG